UGGGGUUUUUGUGUCUUAGCAGCGAGGUGACUGGUUUGUUGCAGUUCUGCUGAAAUUUAAAAAUCGUCUUUUUUCUACAUUUUCUCUGUUUAAGCUCCUGGAGGUUUGUUUGGUGAUGGGUGUUACUGCAGUCCUGUCAGUGAACAUGGUAACAGCCAUCAUGUUACUGACUGUCUUCUCUCUUUCAGAAGCGUCGGAUGAUUGUCGGACUUCUUGGUCAGGGCUCUUCAUCACUACACCAAAGAAGAUGGAAGCACUGAGUGGAACUUGUCUGAAAAUCCCAUGUAGCUUUAGUGUUAAAGAAGAAAGAGAGUUUGACAACACAAGAGAAACAUUUGGAAUAUGGCAUAAAGAAGACAAAGAGACCUACGAUCCAAAGAAUGUAGUUUUUAACAGUGAUGGCACAGUGAACAAAUUUCAAAUGAAGAUAACUGGAAACUUGAGAACGAAAAACUGCACCACUCUGAUUUACAACAUGAAGACGACAUAUAAAGGCUUAUACUACUUCAGAAUCAUGAACUGGCCUUUCAUGGCAAAUGCUAUUUGUGAUCCUCUUCAAAUAAAAGUCAAAGAUUCUCCUCCGAGCCCCAAACUAAUCAUCUCAGGAGAUCUGAAGGAGAAGGAGUCUGUCACUAUAACCUGCUCAGCUUCCACUCCCUGUCCACUCUCCCCUCCUAAACUCACCUGGAAUCUCAAACAAGACUCUCUCAACAACAUGGAGGAAAACCCAGAUAAAACCUUCAUGACUAAAAUCCAGGAGCAGAUCACUCUGACGGACAAACAUGAUGGAUACAACAUCACCUGUUCUGCCACAUAUCCUGUGAAUGAAGGAAAAGAAGUCAAGACAGCAGAGGACACACAGACUCUCAGAGUUUCAUAUUCUCCUAAAAACACCUCAGCGUCCAUCAGUCCAUCAGGUUUGGUGUCAGCAGGUAUUCAUGUGAACCUGACCUGCUCCAGCAGAGCCAAUCCUCCUGUCAGCAGCUUCACCUGGUUCAAGAUCAGCAGAGAUGGACCCAUGAUCGUAUCUGAAGGAGAGUUUUACAGCUUUAAUGCCACAGAGGGAGGAGUUUAUUACUGUGUGGCCAUGAAUGAUCUCAGUAAUCAGACAUCACCACAGAUCCAUCUGAGUGUUGCAGAAAAUCUGAUUUCCGAUCUGUUUGGGGUUGAUGUCCACAUUACAUUAAAGAUCCUGGGAAUCGUGCUGCUCUGCAGUUCAGUCAUCAUCUUUGAGUGCUGGUUAAAGUCAAGAUGCUUCAACAAACAGGUGAAGGACGCAGAAGAAGCAGACUAUGUCCACAGAGUGGUUAUGAUUCAAGCUUCAUGAAGGAGAAGAGGAUGACUUCAUGUUCAUCUUAAAUGCAAUAUCUCUAUUUCUCUUUUCUGUAUUAAAUGUUUUUUCUUUGCAGCAGGUUAGUGAUGAACAAAGGAUGGGAUACGACAGGAAGGAUGUUUUUGUUCAAAGGCAGAUAACAUAAAAAUACUGUAAUGUACUGCAGCCAAAUCAUUACACUGUGAAGCACUGUGCUGGUCUAUGGUAUUGUUGUUGUAAUUAUUUUUUAUAUUAGCUUCUUUUAUAAUAAUAAUACAUUUCAUUUCAAAGCACUCCAUGUCACCUUACAAAGCAAAGAUAAAAACAACAGAGUAACAAUACAUCCAUCAAAUUAACAUUAAAAAGACAAAUUUACAGAGUAUGAAAUCUUUGUGAGAUAGGAUGGAAAAUGAUCAGACAGAAAAUGCUCAUUUUAAAAGAUGUGUUUUGAGAUGAGAUUUAAAAAUAGAGAAAGAGUCAAUAUUACAGAUGUGUGGUGUGAAGACCUGAGAG